AGCAAAAAUAAGGGAAAACCUUGGUAAAAUUUGUGUGCGCUAAAAUGUGAUUUUAGGAAUUAAGAAUUAUAGAUAAAAAAGUAAGUGAACAAAUUUGAUAUAAAAAAGCCUUAAUUAUUCUCGCACCACCAUACCCCUUCUUCCCCUCCCUCGUCGACCAACUCGCCUCCCCGGUCUUUCUCGCCGUCCCUCCUCCCUCAUCUCCCCUCUCUUUUCAUCCCUCCUCGAACACCCACAGCCCCAGCCGCACGCCCCACCCAGCACACCAGCCUCCCCCUCGCCUCUCUUUCACCCAUUCGUCCUCCUAAAACCCAAACCGUUCUUACUAAAACCCCACGACCCGAACCGAGCCAACCCGAGCCCCACCGUCCACUGCCGUCCUCCCAUUUGACCGACUCGCGCGGCCACUCUGACCACCGCCCUCAUACGUUACAUGAAAAUGGCUGGGGUAAGAGAGAUAACUGCGGCAGAGUUUCUGCAAGGUACAACAGGGCAAACUCUGUUUUUGCAGAGAAAUUAUUCGAUUAAGCCAAGUAAUCUAUUAUGGGGCAAGCUAUGUAAUCCAAGUCGGAUGGGAUACAUGUCUAAUACAAAAGGAGCUCCUUUGAGGUGUUCUUCUCGGCCACAGCCAAAAGCAAUGGCUUCUGGAAAUGUCCCGACUAGUUUGGUCAAUGAGGAACUUGGAUUGGUUGAAAAGCCUGCUCAAGAGGUCGUCCAUUUCUACCGUAUCCCUUUGAUACAAGAAAGUGCAAACGAGGAGCUUCUCAAAUCGGUUCAAACCAAAGUUUCCAAUCAGAUUGUUGGGUUGAAAACCGAGCAGUGUUUUAAUAUAGGCCUUGCUUCAAAGAUUUCAUCUGAGAAGCUCUCAACGCUUAAAUGGAUUCUUGGGGAAACAUACGAGCCUGAGAAUUUGGCAACUGAGAGUUUUCUUGUGAAGAAGAGGCAAGAAGGGUUGAAUACAGUGAUAGUUGAAGUUGGGCCAAGGUUGUCUUUUACAACGGCAUGGUCCUCGAAUGCUGUUUCCAUUUGUCAAUCAUGUGGUUUGACUGAGGUGACUCGAAUGGAGAGGUCAAGAAGAUACUUGUUGUAUAGUAAGGGAGCAUUGCAGGAACAUCAAAUUAAUGAGUUCGCUGCGAUGGUUCAUGAUCGGAUGACGGAGUGUGUUUAUGGGCAGAGGCUCGCUUCAUUUGGAACUAGUGUGGCUCCGGAGGAGGUUCGUUUUGUGCCUGUCAUUGAGAGGGGAAGGAAAGCGUUGGAGGAAAUAAAUCAGGAAAUGGGUUUAGCAUUUGAUGAACAAGACUUGCAGUACUAUACCAGGCUGUUCGUGGAGGACAUCAAGCGGAAUCCGACAAAUGUAGAGUUAUUUGAUAUGGCCCAAUCUAACAGUGAGCAUAGCAGGCAUUGGUUUUUCACAGGGAAGAUUGUUAUUGAUGGACAGCCAAUGGACAGGACCCUCAUGCAAAUUGUCAAGAGCACUUUGAAAGCAAAUCCAAACAAUUCUGUCAUUGGUUUUAAGGAUAAUUCGAGUGCAAUUAAGGGGUUUCUUGCGUACCGAUUACGACCAAUUAAGCCUGGAACAGCCUGCCUACUAGAUGAAACAACUCGUGAAAUCGAUGUCUUGUUUACAGCUGAAACACAUAACUUCCCAUGUGCAGUGGCACCCUACCCUGGUGCAGAGACAGGUGCAGGUGGCCGCAUUAGGGAUACACAUGCCACUGGAAGAGGAUCAUUUGUUGUUGCAUCCACAGCUGGUUACACAACUGGGAAUCUUAAUAUAGAGGGAUCAUAUGCCCCAUGGGAAGAUGCAUCUUUCACUUAUCCAUCAAAUUUGGCUUCUCCUCUGGAAAUUCUCAUCGAGGCUAGCAAUGGUGCAUCUGACUAUGGUAACAAAUUUGGUGAGCCAUUAAUUCAGGGUUUUACUAGAACAUUUGGAAUGAGACUCCCUAGUGGUGAACGUCGUGAAUGGCUGAAGCCUAUCAUGUUUAGUGGAGGCAUUGGACAGAUUGAUCACACUCAUAUAUCGAAAGGGGACCCAGAGAUUGGAAUGUUAGUUGUAAAGAUUGGUGGCCCUGCAUAUCGGAUUGGAAUGGGUGGUGGAGCUGCGUCUAGUAUGGUUAGUGGCCAGAAUGAUGCAGAACUUGAUUUUAAUGCUGUACAGCGUGGAGAUGCUGAAAUGGCACAAAAACUGUACCGUGUAGUUCGUGCCUGCAUUGAGAUGGGGGAGGGUAACCCGAUUAUUAGCAUUCAUGAUCAGGGAGCCGGUGGGAAUUGCAAUGUUGUCAAGGAAAUUAUAUACCCAAAGGGUGCUGAGAUUGAUAUUAGAGCCAUUGUUGUUGGAGAUCACACUAUGUCUGUUUUGGAGAUAUGGGGUGCAGAGUAUCAAGAACAAGACGCAAUCUUGGUAAAACCUAAAAGCCGCAAGCUGUUGGAAUCUAUAUGUGCAAGGGAAAGACUUUCGAUGGCUGUUAUUGGUACUAUUAAUGGUGAGGGACGUGCUGUUCUAGUUGAUAGCGUAGCUAUUGAAAAAAGCCGUGCAAGUGGACUCCCUCCCCCUCCUCCAGCUGUUGAUCUUGAGCUUGAGAAAGUGCUUGGUGACAUGCCUCAAAAAUCCUUUGAAUUCAAGCGAGUGGCUUAUGCACGAGAAUUUCUUGAUGUUGCUCCUGGAAUCACAGUCAUGGACUCAUUGAAGAGAGUAUUAAGACUUCCAUCUGUAUGUUCCAAACGGUUUUUGACAACAAAAGUUGAUAGAUGUGUAACAGGUCUUGUAGCACAGCAGCAAACAGUUGGUCCCUUGCAGUUGCCUCUAGCUGAUGUUGCAGUCAUCGCUCAAAGUUAUGUUGACUUGACUGGGGCUGCCUGUGCCAUCGGAGAGCAACCUAUUAAGGGUUUGCUUGAUCCAAAAGCAAUGGCUAGACUGGCUGUUGGAGAAGCUCUCACAAAUCUUGUUUGGGCAAAGGUUACUUCUCUGUCUGAUGUCAAAGCAAGCGGAAAUUGGAUGUAUGCUGCCAAGCUUGAGGGUGAAGGAGCAGCCAUGUAUGACGCUGCUAUUGCUCUUUCAGAAGCAAUGAUUGAACUCGGUAUCGCUAUUGAUGGUGGGAAAGACAGUCUGUCAAUGGCUGCCCAUGCAGGUGGGGAGGUUGUUAAGGCUCCUGGAAAUCUUGUAAUUAGUGCCUAUGUCACUUGUCCUGACAUAACAAAAACGGUAACCCCAGAUUUGAAGCUAGGACAGGAUGGUAUUUUGCUUCAUAUUGAUUUGGCAAAGGGAAAGCGGCGUCUGGGUGGAUCCGCUUUGGCUCAGGUUUUUGAUCAGAUUGGGAAUGACUGCCCUGAUCUUGAUGAUGUUUCAUACGUUAAGAGAGUUUUUGAGGGGGUGCAGGACCUUCUUGGAGAUGGUCUGAUCUCUGCAGGUCAUGAUAUCAGUGAUGGUGGAUUACUAGUUUGCGCAUUGGAGAUGGCAUUUGCUGGAAACUGUGGCAUUGCAUUGGACUUGGCUCCUCGAGGAGAUAGUGUUUUCCAAUCACUUUUUGCUGAAGAGCUUGGUCUCAUUCUUGAGGUAAGUAAGAAUAACGUGCAUAGUGUGAUGGAGAAGCUUAGCAGUUUGGAUGUUUCUGCUGAGAUAAUAGGACGAGUAACCACCUCACCUGUGAUAGAGCUAAAGGUUGAUGGAAUUACUCAUUUAAAUGAGAAAACUUCUCUGCUCAGAGAUAUGUGGGAGGAUACAAGCUUCCAGCUGGAAAAGUUGCAGAGAUUGGCUUCUUGUGUGGAACUGGAGAAAGAAGGUUUGAAGUUUCGCCAUGAGCCUUCUUGGCCCUUGUCUUUCACCCCUUCAGUUACGGAUGAGAAAUUUUUUACUACAGCUUUAAAACCAAAAGUAGCCAUCAUUCGUGAGGAAGGGAGCAAUGGAGACAGAGAAAUGUCAGCAGCAUUUUAUGCUGCUGGUUUUGAGCCUUGGGAUGUUGCAAUGUCAGACCUUCUUAACGGAGUUAUUUCUUUGAAUGAAUUCCGUGGAAUUGCAUUUGUUGGGGGUUUUAGUUAUGCCGAUGUGCUUGAUUCUGCUAAAGGUUGGGCUGCGUCCAUACGCUUCAAUCAGCCUCUUCUCAAUCAGUUUCAGGAAUUCUAUAAGCGCCCUGAUACUUUCAGUCUCGGCGUUUGCAAUGGAUGUCAGUUAAUGGCUCUGUUAGGGUGGGUCCCAGGGCCCCAAGUCGGGGGUGUUUUUGGUGCUGGUGGGGAUCCAUCACAGCCCAGGUUUGUGCACAAUGAGUCUGGCCGAUUUGAAUGCCGCUUCACGAGUGUGACUAUAAAGGACUCUCCCGCCAUGAUGUUUAAAGGAAUGGAAGGCAGUACAUUAGGUGUAUGGGCUGCCCAUGGUGAGGGAAGAGCAUAUUUUCCCGAUGAUGGUGUUCUGGAUCGUGUAUUGCAUUUAGAUUUGGCUCCAUUAAGAUAUUGUGAUGAUGAUGGGAACCCAACAGUGGCAUAUCCCUUCAACUUGAACGGUUCUCCAUUAGGAGUGGCUGCAAUUUGUUCUCCUGAUGGUCGACAUCUUGCUAUGAUGCCUCAUCCAGAGCGGUGUUUCCUGAUGUGGCAGUUCCCUUGGUAUCCAAAGGACUGGAAAGUGGACAAGAAAGGCCCUAGUCCAUGGUUAAAAAUGUUUCAAAAUGCCAGAGAGUGGUGCUCGUGAUAUGGUUAUGAGAUUCAAAGGGCAAAUGAGAAGAGUUGAAGUGUGAUUGAUCAUGGAUGCUUCAUCUGAGUUUUUUUGGAGUUUUUAACUGUUAUAUUGAAAUGCCUAGAGUCUCUAGAAAGCAGUCUUAGUCUUUAAUUUAUAUAAAGAGUAUUUGCUUUGUGCAAACCUCAGGAACUGUUUCUUAGUAUUUUCUUUAUCAUGCAACUGAUAAGAGAGUUUACUUUUUUUGCUUUCUUUUUACAAUCUUUUUCAGUGUCUUCAGCUCAUAUAAAUAAUACAAUUGAUCUUGCAUUGCAUCUACUACUUUUCAUGUUAGUGUGAUACCAAAACAUGCUUUCUAUUUUUGUGGAGGCAAUUCUGAAAUCUUAGUUGUAGUUUUGUAUUCUUAGGAGGUGUCGUGGUCCUUUGGAGCCAUUAUCUGACAUUUUGAGACAUGAUCUUGAAUCAUGUUAACUACUGAUUGUGUGCUUUUCACUACUAUGGCUUCACCUUUGGUAUGCUGAAUCCAUAUAAAAGCUCAUUUGGCUAUCGGUGGAUACUUUCCCUAGUACAGGGGCCACCAUGAUACUUUUACCCUUAUAUUUGCUAAGUUUUUCUUUAGCUGCUCUAAGAACCAGUGACUCAUAGAAUUAAGAUGAACAUCGACUUCCAUUUUUUGAGCUUAUGCAGCUGAAUCUGAUAGUGGUUUCAACCUUAUGGUUAUUGAUUCUCCAUGGGAAAAUGGAAGUGCUCGUCAGAAAUCAGUGUACCCAACAUUACCAAACCGGUAUUUCUUAUCCCUUCCAAUUAAGCAACUUACAGACAGAGGGGGUGCACUUGUGGCCUUAUGGGUGACAAAUAGAGAGAAAUUGCGUACCUUCAUUGAGAAAGAGCUAUUCCCUGCAUGGGGAGUUAGAUAUGUGUCUACUAUUUACUGGUUGAAGGUGAAAGGAAACGGUUCAUUGAUCGGUUGUCUUGACCUCUUUCAUCAUCGGCCAUAUGAAUGUCUUCUCCUGGGAUACUGUCAAGGAAAAGAAAUGGAUUCAAAUUGCCAUUCAGUAUUUAGGUCGAUAAAAGAUGAACAUAUUAUCAUAAGCAUUCCUGGAGGUUACUCCAGGAAACCCCCAAUUGGAGAAUUACUGUUGGACCAUGUUCCUGGAGUUAAACCUGCUCGAUGUAUUGAACUCUUUGCUAGAGAAAUGUUAGGUGGGUGGGUUUCUUGGGGAAAUGAACCACUUCACUUUCAGGACUCGAGAUAUUUUGAGACAGUGAAUACAUAGAUUUUCCAGGGGAAUGCCAUCUUGUUGGAAUCUACACACUAAGUUCACCUGGCAUAUAGAUUGCUUUGGUUCUAAUGUCAAAUCCCAAAGCACACUAUUCUAGCUUGGAUGGCUGUUAUUAACAGGUUGGCAGAUGCAAUGAGCAAAUGGCGCCUUUCAAUUGAAGACAAAAGCUGUAUAUUACUAUAUUGUGCAACCAAGAAGCAGAAACUGGAACUCAUAUGUUUAUUUUAGUUGUCAUUAGAAAACUUUGAAUAUUUUUAUAUCCAGAUUUCGGAGGCAUGUUGGCGAUUGGGACACUGAAUUUUAUUGGGCCUUGUAAAAGGUUGAGGAGCCCAUAGUGAUUGCUCUCCUCUCCAGUUUGCUUUGGGUUGGACUGCUACGAUUUACUAUGUUAGGCAAGAAAGGUACAGAAGGUUCCUUGGGCUUCUGUAUCUAGUACACAAAAUUUUAAAGAAUAGCUGGUGAUAUUCCAGGACGGUUACACGGAAUUAGAAGCAUUGCCGAUGCUCCUCUAAGUCAUGCUCUGUGUAUAUUUUCUUAGUUAAAUUCACUUCUGUUUUAUGACAUUUUGUGGUUUAUUUGUAAGUUGCAGAAUUGUCUUCACUAUGGCAAGGUUACACCCUGAUUCUUGAUUCUAUAA